AUGUCUCAGGAGGAAGGUAAAAGUGCCACUAGUGCACCACCAGCAGAAGGCGAAGACAAAGCAGCACCAUCAAAAUCAUUACCGAUUUUAGCAUCACCAGCUAUAGAAUCCAUUAGUGCCAUACGUUUUUCGACAAGUGACCCGGAAUUAUGGUUUACACAAAUUGAUGGACUUUUGCACGUCAACCGUAUUACAUCCGACCUGUCAAAAUAUUACACGAUUAUUACUGCAUUAGAUCCAAACACCCUUCAUCAAAUAGCUGAUGUGGCAAAGAAUCCGCCAGCAUCUGGUAAAUACGACAAGUUGAAAAAGGAAUUAAUAGCUCGUUUUGGUGAAACAAAGGAGAGACAACUUCUGAAACUAGUCACUGGCUUAGAUCUCUCCGGCAGACGGCCUAGUCAAUUACUACGUGAGGUGAGAAAUUUGGCAGGCGCAAACGUAUCGGACGAUGCUUUGACAACAUUAUGGAUGCAACGCAUGCCGGACAAUGUACGAUGCAUUAUUUCUGUGUGCAAAGGUCAAAGCUUGGAAAAUUUGUCCGAAAUUGCAGACAGAGUAAUUGAUAACUCUUCGUCCACUCAUCACGUAAUGUCAACAUCAUCAUCAACGGACAAAUCAUUUUGUGAUGCAAUUGGUCCAUCAAAAAUUAUUACUUUGGAAGCAAGAAUUUCAGCUCUUGAGACGGCAAUAAAUCAGGUGAUUCAAAAAUUAAGUGACAUCUCAGUGAAUGCAAACAUGAACAACAAUAGACCAAGCCGAAACCGAUCUCGAAGUCAAAGUCAACGACAAAAACAAAAAGUUUGUUACUACCACAUAAAAUUUGGUGCAUCAUCACGUAAAUGUCACAAGGUUGUUGACAUUAUGUCAACAACCUUGUGA